AUGCAGUACCCUUUUGGAUUAUUCCUGCUCCUAAUACUCCCAGUGGUGUCUUCAUGGAUGGAGAUGCCAUUUAGCAUCCAGCGAUGUCGAUAUGGAAACGAAACAUGUUUGGUUGAAAGUUUAAAUGGCUAUAUCAAGACCUUUGCCAAGGGUAUACCAAAGACAUACUUUAGGCCCUUUAACAAGCUUCCCGGACCCAACUUCCCUCUCUUCAAUGACUCCAGCAACUUACCAAUUGGCCUGACCCUCAACUUGAAAAACCUCACCCUGAAUGGACUUGAAAACUCCACCGUAUUAUCAGUCAAAGGGUUCGAGCGGGAUCCGACCCAGAAGAAAAUAUUGAUCGAAGUUAAGAUACCCCGCCUUGAAUGCGUGGCUCAAUUCGAUUUUGAAACAAAACUUUUGCUAUUCAGGGCAUCGGGCAAUGGAAGUUUGAACGUCGAUCUCCAGAACUUCCAUUUGAAUAUUUUCUUCAAGGUUUUCGUGGAGUUCCGGCAAGGAAAACGCUAUUUGAGGGUCUAUGAUAUGGAUUUUCAAGUGAACUUCGAUCGAUGUAUUCUCUGGCUGGAUAAUCUAUACGAAUGGAACACUGAUCUUACCAUAGCCGUCAAUCGGGUGAUGAACGAGCACUGGCUGGAGUUCUGGAACGAACUGGAGUCCAGGGUCCUGCCCUAUUUUAGCCGCAUGGGUGUCGACAGGUUGUCCAGAUUUUUCUAUUACUUCUCCUACGAUGAAAUGUUUCUAAACGAUCAAUAA